UCUUCUUCUUCUUCUUCUUCAACUCCAUCACAACUCUCUCUCUCUCUCUAGAUCCAACAACUGCUCAUAUAACUUCCGAUUUCAACUUCCGGCGAAUGAUUUAGAUCCCGGCUCUCUCUCCUCCGCCUUUGAUUUGAUUCUGUGAGGUAGGCCAUGUGAGCGGUUUUAAGAAGAUUGUUUAUCAUUGCUUUCAUAACUGGCAUUUGAUGAUCAGUUCUUUUAGUAUGAUCACCAUGGGAAAAAGCAAAGGUUGUGGGAAAUUAGGAAGAAUGAUGCCAAGGGGUGUAUCUGUGAACACAUAUCAGUUUGCCCUUCUGUUGUCUCCUGUUGUUUCUGUUUGGGAUUGCAUCGUACGCAAAAUGAGGUAUUCUUAUAGACCUGAGUGGGUGUAGUUGUGAGGAUCUUUGUAGUAUAUUAGUUUUCAACAAGAGAAUCAAUUAAAUUUUAUUUAGUGAUAUAGAAAUUUAAGGGGACAUAGUUAUAGGGAAAAUGUAUACACUUAGAGGAUCUUCAAAGUAAGUUAAAACAAAGUGAGCUGUUCAGAGAUUGUAGUCUCAAUGGAUAAAAUGGAGUGUAAUAAAGUGCAAGCUGUUAUGAGAAAAGUUAAAAAGAAGCAGGUGAAGGAUGAUUUGGAUCGACAGAAACAAGCUGAGAAGAAGAAGAGGCGCUUGGAGAAAGCUCUUGCUACUUCAGCUGCCAUCAUCUCUGAACUAGAAAAGAAAAAACAAAAGAAGAAAGAAGAGCAACAAAGGCUAGAUGAAGAGGGUGCUGCAAUUGCUGAGGCUGUUGCUCUGCAUGUUCUACUGGAAGAUGACUCUGAUGACAGGUGUGAAAUUGUUCUGAACAAAAAUGAAGUGCUCAACUCCUGGCAUUCUCCUGGUGAUAUAGACUUGUUUAUGGGUGGAGGAAGGGCUUGUUUUCCUCAUCAGGAUUCGGCGAGGUGGUGUUCACUCGAGGGAAUGGGGUGGGCAUCAAAUGCUUACAGAUCAGGGUGUAAGUGGGGUGGUUUGGAGAACAGUGAAUGGCCAUUCUCUACUGUGCCGUAUGGAAGGGAUUACCACCAUACUUCAUUUUGCCAGGAAGCAGGAUGGGGGCCAACAGGAUUUGCUGCUGGUCUCCUUGCGGCGCAGGCAGUUUCAUCUCUCCAGAUUGCAGAGGAUUCACAUGAAGGCACAUUUGUGCUUGAUGGUAUGCUAAGACGGUAGAUGACAUCCGAGUGAAAUUUUCAUGUUCAUGGAAACUAUAGCCUGGGCUGUAUUACAAUAAUAAUGUUGUAUAUAUAAUCUUGCAAAUGUUUGUUUUCAUGAGAUACAUAACUCUUCCUCAGUUUGGUGAAUGUAUAACUAUAUUUUUCUUGAA